GCAAUGGCGACCGUCGGGGAGCGCAGGCCCUUGCCCAGUCCCGAAGCGAUGCUGGGACAGUCGUGGAAUCUGUGGGUCGAGGCUUCCAAACUUCCUGGGAAGGACGGGACGGAAUUGGACGAAAGUUUGAAGGAGUUUGGGAAAAACCGCGAAGUCAUGGGGCUCUGUCGCGAAGACAUGCCAAUAUUUGGUCUCUGUCCAGCCCAUGAUGAUUUCUACUUGGUGGUGUGUAACGAUUGUAAUCAGGUUGUCAAACCACAGGCAUUUCAAUCACAUUAUGAAAGAAGACAUAGCUCGUCCGGCAGGCCUUCGGCCGUUCCCCCCGCGCCAGUGCUCUCCUUCUUCCCCUCUCUGUCCAAAAGCAAAGGCGGCAGUGGCGGUGGGAGCAGCCGCUCUGCCGGCGGAGGUGUUCUCAGCGCGUCCUCACUGGGUUCCAAGCUGUUGAAAUCGCCCAAAGAGAAACUGCAGCUCAGGGGGAGCACCAGGCCAAUGCAUCCGGUUCAGCAAAGCAGAGUCCCCCAUGCUAGAAUCAUGACUCCCUCUGUUAAAGUGGAAAAGAUUCAUCCGAAGAUGGAUGGCACACUACUGAAGUCUGCGGUGGGGCCCACCUGCCCUGCUACUGUGAGUUCCUCAGUCAAGCCUGGCCUUAACUGCCCCUCCAUACCAAAGCCAACCUUGCCUUCACCUGCACAGAUUCUGAAUGGCAAAGGGCUUCCUGCACCGCCCACUCUGGAAAAGAAGUCUGAAGAUAAUUCCAAUAACAGGAAAUUUUUAAAUAAGAGGUUAUCAGAAAGAGAGUUUGAUCCUGACAUACACUGUGGGGUUAUCGAUCUUGACACCAAGAAGCCCUGCACCCGGUCUUUGACAUGCAAGACACAUUCCUUAACCCAGCGGAGAGCUGUCCAGGGUAGAAGAAAACGAUUUGAUGUGUUAUUAGCCGAGCACAAAAACAAAACCAGGGAAAAGGAAUCGAUGCGCCAUCUGGACUCUCAGCAACCAACACAGCCUCUCAGGGACCCGCAUCCCGCCCCUCCUAGAACUCCACAGGAGCCACACCAAAACCCUCACGGAGUGAUUCCCCCCGAAUCAAAGCCUUUCUUAGCUAGUAAACCUAAACCUCACACCCCCAGUCUUCCAAGGCCUCCAGGCUGCCCUGCUCAGCAAGGUGGGAGUGCCCCCAUUGACCCUCCUCCAGUCCAUGAAUCUCCACACCCUCCCCUGCCUGCCACUGAGCCAGCUUCUCGGUUAUCCAGUGAGGAGGGAGAAGGCGAUGACAAAGAAGAGUCUGUUGAAAAACUGGACUGUCAUUAUUCAGGUCAUCAUCCUCAGCCAGCAUCUUUUUGCACAUUCGGGAGCCGGCAGAUUGGAAGAGGCUAUUAUGUGUUUGACUCCAGGUGGAAUCGGCUUCGCUGCGCCCUCAACCUCAUGGUGGAGAAGCAUCUGAAUGCGCAGCUGUGGAAGAAAAUCCCACCGGUGCCCAGUACCACGUCGCCCGGCUCCACACGUGUUCCUCACCGGACAAACUCUGUGCCCACAUCCCAGUGUGGGGUCGGCUGUCUGGCAGCAGCCACUGUGUCUGCAUCCCCAGCCCUGCUCUCGUCCACCUGCAUCUCCCCAAACAGCAAAUCGGUACCAGCUCACGGAACCACACUAAAUGCCCAGCCCGCCGCAUCCGGGGCGAUGGAUCCCGUGUGCAGUAUGCAGUCCAGACAAGUGUCCUCCACCUCGUCCCCUUCCACGCCCUCUGGCCUCUCCUCAGUGCCCUCUUCUCCUUUGUCCAGGAAACCUCAGAAGUUGAAAUCCAGCAAGUCUUUAAGGCCCAAGGAGUCUUCUGGUAAUAGCACGAACUGUCAUACCACCAGUAGCAGCAGUACCAGUGGCACCUCAGGAAAGAAACGCAAAACUAGUUCUCCACUGUUGGUUCACUCGUCCUCCGCCUCCUCUUCUUCUCAUUCCAUGGAGUCUUUUAGGAAAAACUGUGUGGCUCACUCGGGGCCUCCCUACGCCCCCACAGUGGCGUCUUCCCAUGGCAUCGGCCCCAACUGCGUGACGAAUAAAGCAAACUCGGCGAGUGUCCGACACGAGCCAUCAGGGAGGGGCGCCCCCGGGGGGAGCCCUGCUGAGUCCAUCAAGAGGAUGAGUGUGAUGGUGAACAGCAGCGACUCCACGCUGUCCCUGGGCCCGUUCAUCCACCAGUCCAGCGAUCUGCCCAUCAAUUCCCAUGGCAGUUUCUCACACUCACACACUCCUCUAGACAAGCUCAUAGGAAAGAAGAGGAAGGGCUCGCCUGGCUCGAGCGGCGUCAGCAGUAGCAAACCCACGAAGGUUGCCAAAUUGCCAGCCCUGAACAACGUCCAUCUGAAACACACAGGCGCCAGCCCAGGGGCCCCAGGGCUGACGAACAGUUCCUUCCUUCAUCAGGAUAUCUCCUCACCUUGCUUACGAACAGGAAUUUCAGCAGCAUCACCCCCGAGCCCUGGUUUAAAAUCCAAAGACACGUCCCUGACAACUGAAAAUAGCACGGGGAGGAAUAAUCUGGACACUUUUGACGACAAGCUACACCUCCACUCAGCACUCUGGACUCCAAGAUGCCUUUGAGUCUGUUUUCCCAGCCUCCUGUGGGCCUCAAGGGUAGAGCUCUGCGGGCUGUUCUAACGAAGAGUCCCCGAAGCUGUGUGUGCAGCAGUGAGGACUCUAAAGGACACUGGAUCAAGUUCAGCCACCGGAUUGCUUCUAUCAGUGUUAAAGUGGUCUGGACUGCUCGUUACCAAUCUGUGAGAAAUUUUUGUUUUGUUUUUUUAACUUGCAGUAUAUCAUGGAGCCACUCUUCGAGUAGAUUGGCUGGGUGAAAGAAUGUUCUGGCAAGAACAGUACUGUAGACUUUUCUCCCUCCCUCCUCUCCCUGCCCCGAUUCUUUUUCACACUGUCCUCUGCAGGUCACGCUGGCGGUUAGGCACCUUAACUGGAGACACCUUCCAGAGGGGAGAAAGCACUGCCCUGAGCAGCCUCCAGAGAAGGGAGCCUGUCCCUGGGUUGUGAUAUCAGUGUUCCAGGAGUGGGAUGUGGAUGCUAGCUCAUGCACCAUGACAAAAUAGCUUGUAUUUUGCCCAGCGUUUUGCAAGUAACUUGGGAUAAGAAACUGCCAGAAAUUUUCUAACUUAUAGACUGGUUUACAGCAAGUAUACACUGUUUUAGAGGCUUACUUUUCAUGGUACAAAAGCAGUUCUGUGUGACUUUAAAAAAAAAGAAGGAAACAUGCAAACUAGUUUUGAUAAUGGAAAGCCAAAUUUGGAGGAGGGGAAUAAAAAUUAUAUGGGGAAAAUUUUUUCCAAGAUUUCCAAAGAGGUGGAAUUUUUCUAUUCUUUAACUCUUCAUUUUAAACAGUGUGGGUUGGCUGUCCUGCCCAGUCUCCUGUUUCCAGAAAAUUGCCUUUAUGAAGUGAAAUUAUCAGGAUGCAGCAGAAACUGUCAUUCACAAAGUCAUUAACUGUUUCCAAGGCACUCUCCGCACUCCCCCCUCUCCUCUGGACCCUGUCCUGGGUCGAAGGUAAACUGCCUUGGGCCCCCUCCCGCACUGUGUGUGCAUGGCCCACUGCCAUCUCAGAGGCUUAUUUGGUUGCCACUGGGGUAGCGAGCAGGUGCCCGGGAGGGAAGGGCGAAUCUGUGCACAUCCCAUGCAGGGGUGACGGGUGCCACCCGGUGUUUCCCCAACACCGUCUAUCCUGGGACUCAUGCCAGCCAUCUUCCUGAGAGUUUCAGAGACCCUCCAGGGUAUUUUUUCCAGGCCCCACCCCAAAAGAAGGAGCUUAAUAUAUUACAACAUCAUUGUUGAGAAGGAAUUUGGGGGUAAGUUGGAGUAUUUUAACAGGUGAUUCCACCACCACAGCUCCUGAACGAGAGCCAGGCACCUGUGCUUAGAACACACGAAGUGGCUGAACACAGGGUCCAUUUCCCAGGCCCUGGGCACCCCCGGGCAGGCCCGUCCUGCGGCUUUUCCUCCCUACAGUUCUCGGGUUACUUCAGUUUCAGGGAAUUUCAAGUCAACAACAGGUAGAAUGAAUAAAUACUUGGUUACCAGCCUAAUAAUGUGAAUUGCUACAGAAUUAAUCUUAUUAUGUAAGAAAACAAAAACUUUAUGCAGAUACUUUAGCUAUAAAUUGAUGUAAAAUACUGAUUUUUUUAAAAAAAAGGAUGGGGAGAACAGUCUCUUGUUCACUUAUGCAAUCGAUCAGUACAUGCUUUUAAACGAUGCUGUAGGAGAGCUUAGUCAGGAGAGGGCCUGGCCAGGCCAGUCUGGUGUAGUCAGGGCACAUCUGCCUGGCUGUCCCAUCCCAGUGGAGGGCAGGAGGUGAGAGGGAAUCGGGACGCUCUGACGUGAUUCCUUGGUGACAAGUGCAAUGGGGUUUGGGUAGAAGUGAUUUUCAGAGCCAAGGGGACUUGAUGGGUAUAAAUAAAGUUGCUCUUAGCAAUGGAGUUUAUAGACAGAUCAUGUUGUUCCAAAAGAUGUAACUAGGAUCCACAGUAGCGAGUUGGUUUAGAAUAAUGCAGAUGUACCUGGAGUAGCGGGAUUGAUCAUUUGAUUUCUUAGACUGAGGUUUUAAUUGGGUUUUAUCCUGUCUCCCGAUAGUACAAAGAGCAUCGGGAUUAGGAAAUUAGCCAUUUUGGAUUCUGCCUGCCACAAACAGACCUAUUCUAAACAGUGCUAUUAAAUUUUAGACUGUUGUUCAAAUAUUUUAUUUUCUCCUACAACUACUUUUUAUUAUGAUGAACAAUUAAGACCAUUUAAAACGGGAGUACAAGUAUUUUUUUGAAUUAAAUUAACAUGCAAAAACCAAAUUUGCAGUGGUUGGGUUGUUUCUAGACAGACUUUGGUAUCAACUUAAAACCAAGAUAAUUUUUAUAUUGUUUCCAAUAGAAUUUCAUGACAACUCCUGCAGUUUUCUUAACCUAAAAAAUAGUGCUGCGAUGAUGAACAAAGAAUUAUACAAAACCUACUUUUGUACCUUUAUUUUGGAAUUUCUUGCUCUAUUAUGAAUAUGGAAGUGUCCCUAUCUCAGAAGACGUAUUUUGUUAAAAAUGAAUUGUACAUAUUUAAAUAUGUAUUUUUGCACAGGUCUUUUUUUCUGAUAUCCUGUUUUGGUACAAUUGAGAUCAUCUAGUAUUUAUUUAUUAAUUAAUAAAAGUAAAUACCUUUUUAUAAUUUGAAGUGGUUCACUGCCAAGCCAAUAGUUCUAGAACCUGCCUCCUCUACAAUGUAAGGGAUGCCUCUGUCCUGUGGACGUCCCUCUGUCCCUUUAACGUCUCGGGAGUGGAUUCAGACCGAUGAGUGGGCAUUGCUUCUCCUGGUUGCCUGGCUUCCUGUAGACGACAUGGAACUAAGUGACACACUGCUUUUCUUUUGUUUCAUGUGAGAGAGAGUGCGCGCCUGUGUGUUUGUAUGUGUAUUCUCUGAGCACAUGUGUGUUGGUAUGUGAUGUGGUUUAAAACUAAUGGAAAAAAACUGAAAGUGCCUGAACCUAGUUUUAAGCUUAGACAGAUUCUCUUUAAAAAGACUUGAAUGUUCAGUUGAACUCUUGGAGUUUGCUUUUCCCACCUAAAUACUGUUUCUAAAAAUUUAGGGGAGGAGUUGAAUACCACCAAUGCUGGUAAUUUUAUAAGGUAUUUUAAAAUUCAGACUUUUUGGUUCACAGUAAUUCAACUGGUGGUGGAUGCCUAGUGGCACCGAGGGUUACAAAUCUUUUGUCAGCCAGCAACUUACAUGAUGUGUCCAUUUUGUUACUCACUCAUGAAAUAUUGAGUUUAAAGAGAAUAUUUAAAAUUUUUGUAUUCCAAAAAUAUAAUACAAAGUACCUCUGAGAACAUUGAAAAUAAAUGUGUAAUUUGGAAAAUAAUUUAUAAAGGCAGCUGUCUUCCUGCAAGAGUUCUGUUGCCAAGGAAUUUCUUAAUCUCUCUCAUUCUGCCUUGGGGGAAAAUGUUGGGCUUUGGAAAAUGAUUGUUAAAAGUUUCAUUGUUCAGAAGAAAAUAAUCAUUUUUACAUUUUGUGCAAAACAUUUUACAUUUUCAGAUCAUUGAAAUGAGCACUACAUACUGUCAGGUGAAUGUGGGGCUUGGAAGCAUUUUGCUGUUCUUGAGCUUGGUUAUAAAAGCAAUCUCCUGUGUUAAACGUGUGACUGGCUUGAUAAUUUGUACACAGAAUCAAGAGCAUCUCAGCUGGACUUUGUGUUGGCUGCUGUAUAGAACAAGAACAAAUGUCAAGGGAUAGAAAAUUACUUUGGAUAUUUAAAAGAGAAGAAAUAUAUAGUCUAUUUGUUUUGUAACAAGUUUCUGUAAAUAAAAUAAUUUAUACUAUUUAUAAGAAAAAGUUGUGCUUUGCUUUAUGAGAAAUUAGUUUGUGGAACAAACAUGUUACUAAACGGGCAAUAAAAUUAGGACUUCUCAAUAAAUAAGGUUGGCUGCAU